AUGGACAAGGGUGGAUGGACUGUUGUCCAUAACAAAAACGUGAGGAGAACAAAUAAUGGUGGAUCUUACUGGAAUGCGAGGAGAGGAAAAGAGGCUAUAGGUAAUGAAGAGGUGUCUAACUUCUUCAUCACAAAAUUUAAUGAGGACUUGAGCGCAAGGGAUCUUUUCGAGAACUUUAAAGAUUAUGGGCUUGUCAUGGAGGUGGCAAUACCGGCAAAAAGAAACAAACAAGGAAUGAGGUAUGGAUUUGUCAGAUUUAGGAAGGUAGAAAAUGAAAGAGAUUUGGCAAUCAAGCUGGAUAACAUCUUCAUCAGAGGAAGAAAACUGUAUGCAAACAUUCCUAGGUUUAACAGAGACAAAAGACUCGCUGCAAAGGACCACAGGAGUGGGGUGGACACUAAGAGGACAGCAACAGGAAUAAACAAAGGUGUAGAACAGCGUAAAGGACUGAAGGAGAACUAUCUACCAAGAACUGAAAACUCUUAUGCAAAUGUGGUGAGAGGUAGAGUGGUGGAGGGUCAAGGAAGGAAGCAUAUGUUACAGGGUAAGGUUAAGGAUAAGGAAAAAGACACAAUAGGUUGGUGUGACAAGGUAAAACUGCCGAGAUUUGCACAUCUCCAAUUUAACAUGCAAGAAGAUGAAAUGAAAAGAUUUGAAAAAGCAUUUGUUGGGGUGGUGGAAAAGGCGGGUAUGACGUAUAACAUCCAAAAGGCUCUUCAUACAGAAGGUUAUUUCAAUAUUAAAGCCACGCCUUUGGGAGCUAAUCUCUGUCUAUUGGAGGAACAGGAGGAGGGAGAGAUUAAAACAAUGAUUGAGAAAGAUAGGGUUUGGAUAGAACAGUGGUUCUCAGACAUUCAUCCAUGGUCACCACAAGAUGUCGAUAAUGAACGUGUUACAUGGAUGAGAUGCUACGGAUUACCGUGUCAUGCUUGGAACCCAAAGGUCUAUGCUUUCAUCUCAAGCACGGUGGGCGCCUAUGUUUGUGCAGAUAACGAAACAAGAAACCAUAAAAGGCUGGAUGUUGCACGAUUUCUGAUUCGAACCAAAUACUCCCUUGUGUUGAACGAAACCAUUAACAUAGAGAUUAAUGAACAUGUUUAUAGAAUUAAGUUGGUAGAAGACAUGCAUGGCCCAAAACGUAUUACAAUCUCUGAUGAUACCACCCAAGAGGACUCAUCUGAUGACCUAGAUUCUGAGGAAGAAGACGAAGAGGGUAGCGCGUGGAGUGAAGACGAAGAGAUUGAGUGUGCGGAGGGCGAAAAUCAUGGGGAAAAGGAAGUUUCUAUGUCAAAUCAAUCAGUAGCAGGUAGUGGUAGCAAGGAAAAAGGCACAGCGGAAGCGGCGGAUAUGAGUUUGGUUGCAGAUACUUUUGAGAGAAAGGAAGAUUAUGGGAGUACCCAGAUAUUGGAGGCAGAAAAGGUACUCCAAAAGUCAUCGGAAAAAGGAAAUAUUAAUGGUGAUGGGAGUGAAAGUAACAAGGCAAAAGAGUCAACGAUGGUUGUAAAAAAGGGGUGUGGGGCCAGCGAGGAAAGGAAAGAGGGGUUGGACAAUACAGAAGUCAUGGGCCAAGAAAAUUCUGAUGCUAUCUCUAGCACUCAGGAGGGCCUUAUUGGGCUGUCAAAACCUUUAAGGCCCAACAGGAAAAAGGCUUUGGUUGACAUUUACGAAUCACUGAAAAUACCAUAUGCUCCUUCCUAUUUCACUACGUUGCUACAAUCCCAAGUUCAACCUAAUUUGAAACAAACUACCUCAAAAAAUCAAAUGCAAAAGGUUGGGCCGGUGAGGAUUAAUGUUGAUCAAAACAACUCAGGGGUUUCAGGGGAUUCAAUAACAGACUCUGGGGUUCAAUUUGGGAAUAAGAGAUUAUGGAAGACAAUUGAAAGUGUGCCAAAGAAGGUGUGGAACACAAUAAAGGAUCUGGGGAUUGAAGGUGAUGAAGAUGAUGAGGUUUUUGAAACAAUCAUUCGAGAAAUGGAGGAAAACAACAGAAGAGGUGCAGCAGGAAAGAAGGAGAGAGAUAUGGUGCUUAAAUGA